UUACCACACAUAUACUAUAUCUUUUAUAUAUCCGCCUCGCAGUUCUGGGGACCGGGGUUCGAUCCCGCCCGUGUGGAGUUUGCGUGUUCUGGCCGCGCCUGCGUGGCUUUUCUGCGGGCGCUCCGCUUUCCUCCCACGUCCCGAAAACGAUCGAUUGAAGACUCGAAAUUGCCCGUAGGUGUUUCUACGUGCCCUGCGAUUGGCCGGCGACCGGUUCGGGGCGUAUACCCCGCCUCUCGCCCGCAGAUGGCCGGGAUGGGCGACCCGUGCGAGGAGAAGCGCUACGGAAAAUGGAUAUGUGCGCGUAUAUUGGGGCUGUCAAAAUGAAAGCGUGAGAAAAUUGAGACUGCGCAGAAGAACGCAAAGCGCAAAGAUCGAAAUCGUUUCAUAAACUCAUUGAGCUCAUUCCGUCCGCUGAAACGAAACGUCGGCGAAGGAAACAACACUACAUCGGGAGUCGUGCUUAAAAUCCCGCUUCAUCGCAGCAGCCGAGUCCGCUCUGAUACAGAAACUAGGGUCGGAGGUCGCCGCUCGACGGGCAGAACUACUUUUGCGGAGUUCAAAGUCUGCUCUCAUCGAGGAGCUACGGAGCCGCGGUCCGGUCCGGUCCGGUCCGGUCCGGUCCGGUCCGGCUGCCUCCGACGACCGAGGAGGAAGCACAAGCGAGGCAAGUGCGCACGCGCGCGCGCGUGUGUGUGUGCACACAUAUACACACACACACACACACACACAUGUAUAUAAUAUACCCAUACACACGCACGCGCACCACCACGGCCGGCGCGUGAGCAAAAGGAGCUCGUGGGCACCAGCGGACGAGCGGAUAUAAUGGAUGAUAUCAAAAGUUCGAUACAAGCGAAGCGUUCCCCUUUGCCAAUUUUAGCGCACCGCGCGCAGUACGUCAGAGCCGCCGGUGGUCAUUGGGCAACGAGUGCUCUGCGGCGCAGUCGCCGUGGAAACGCUCUAAGGCGCCGCCGGCGAACAGGAAGUGGGCGGGUCCCCGGGGAGGAAGCGCGGCGCCACGUCGUAACAGGAAAUUGGGACAGACGGCGAAGGACGAGGUUUAGCGCGUCCGCCCGUCGAGCUGCCGAGCCGUCUCGAGGUGACCGAGCAGCGGGUGACUUUUGGCUUUUUGCUCAACUUCGCCGGUCGACUCAAAUCGCGAGCUCGAGCGCCAUCUUCGUCGAAGCGAAGCUCCUCAACUCCGACUUAGUUCCUUGUCGCCCCGUCGCGUCCACUUCCCGCACCUUCUUUGUCAGGUGCGGCGGCGUGACAUUUGCUCCGUUUUGAAAGACGCGCUUCGCUCAACGGAGUCGGGAAGCGGCGCCGAUGCCGAUCGACUCGCCGCCGCCCGCAGCCAUGUCCUUCGUGGUGCCUUUCCAUUACGACGACUACUCGGACCUGCUGAACGACUCGCACGACCCCUUCAAGAACCGUUCGGUGUUCACGGCGGACCCCGACACGCUGCCGUGCGAGGCGCGGCCGGUGGACCCGGCGACCGCCGCGGCGCUGAGCGCGCUCCUCGCCGCCAUCUUCGUGCUGGCCGUCCCCGGAAACCUGCUGGUGGCGUGCGUGAUCGCGCGCGGCCGGCGCUCGCUGACCCCUUCCGACGUUUACCUUUGCCACCUGACGGCGGCCGACUGCCUGAUGGCGCUGACCGUCCCGUUCUGGGCGACGGCGCUGACCCGCGGCUGGAUCUUCGGCGACGCCGCGUGCAAAGCGCUCAGCCUGAUCUUCGAGGCCAACUUCUACACCAGCGUCCUGUUCCUGGCGUGCAUCAGCGUGGACCGCUACCGGGCCAUCGUGCACGCCAACCGGGCGCUCGCCGGCUCCCACAGGAAGUGCAGCCGGCUGGCGUGCGGCGCCGUGUGGGCCCUGGGCGUCGCCCUGGCGCUGCCGGCGCUCUUCAACGAGGCCGCGCGGCUUGACGGCGAGAGGGACGCGGCCACGUGCGCCGAGAGCUUCGACGUGGGCAGCGCCGCCGCGUGGCGGGCGGCCACGCGGGCCUUCCGCCACCUGGUGGGGUUCCUGCUCCCGCUGGGCGUCAUGCUGGCGUGCUACGGCGUGACGGUGGCGCGGCUGCUGCGCACGCGAGGCUUCCACAAGCACCGCGCCAUGCGGGUCAUCACGGCCGUGGUGGCCGCCUUCGUGCUGUGCUGGACGCCGUACCACCUGGCCACGAUGGCCGACACGCUCGCGAGGGCCGACCUGAUCCCCUUCGACUGCGAGGCGCGGCGUUCGCUCACCGCGGCGCUGGUCAUCAGCAACGGCCUGGCGCUGCUGCACAGCGGCAUCAACCCGCUGCUCUACGCCUUCGUGGGAGAGAAGUUCCGCAGAAACACCAAAGCGCUUCUUUGCAGGAAGUUCCGACAGGAGCGGGCGUCGGGGUCCAAGUUCAGCAGGUCCACGUCGCAGACGUCCGAGGGACAGGGCGCCGUCGCGUGAAAGACUCCGCCCUCCUCCGCGGGCCCGCCGGAUGGUUUUGGCCCCGUAAAAUCCAGAUACCGAUGAUGUCUAUCUAGUCAAGUAAUCAAACUUGCAAACUGAAUAAAACAUUCAGCAAUAAAACGACGACUCGGCGGUUACGAAGUCCAAAAUCAUGACACGACUCAAGAACCGCAACCUUCACACCGCUCAAAAGCAAAAAUGACAAAAUCGAAAUUCUGGAUCAAAUCAAAAAAAAUUGAAAGACCACACAUUUUGAUUACAAAAAAAAAAAACACCCAAAAAUCAAACAUUUCGACUCAAAAAUCACAACUCCAAAUUCACGACUCAAAAUCAUGAAUCAAAAAAAUGGCCAAAUGAAAAAAAAAUCAAUCAUGACUUCAAAACCAGCACUCAAAAAUGAGUCCAAGAUCCUGAAUCGAAAAUCACGACUACAAAAUAACCACUCAAAAGUCUCGAUUCCCAAAUGGCGAGCGAGCGUCUCGUUCGUUUCUCGGCCAAAUAAAAGACAAGACGCUCGGUCGGAUGCCUUCUUUUUAUUGACGACACGUCGGCGACGUCUUUUUUGCGUU